GUUUCUCUUUGUUCCCCCUGACGUUGCUUUGUGUGGGUUGAUUACCUACGGAUAGGUUAGGUUGCCAUGUUUGAAGCUGUGGUUUAUUCAGCACCCCGAUGGCUAUGUAUGAGCUUCCUUGGCUAGGUACCAGCGUAUUGUGCUUCUCAUGCGUCCGGGCGUUGGAAGACUUUUGGACUGUUUUUGAGGCUAUGUUUGUUUCUGGGUUGGCUGCAUCGCCGGAGAUGGUGAUAUAUAAAGACUUGGGGAUGGACCUCUCGAACCGAUGAUGAAGAUGCAAUUGGAUCACAGCAUCAAAGCAUCAAAAGCAUCACGCAUCAGAUAUUAUAAAACACACGGACAUUCCCGUCUUUGCUAUUAUAUCACCAGACGAUCCAGCAAAAGCGAGAAGCAUCUCAUUCAUCCACAUCAACGAAGCAUAUAUCGGGCCAACAACACUCUCUAUAUCACGCCUCACCCAGACUUCCACGACCUCCCAACAAGAUAUCGAAAAUGACUUGCAACUAUGGCAGCUACAAGUCGGGCAGCACCGUGGCUAGGAAGCCACUGCCCUUGACGAUACUCAUCAUUGGCGGCAACCGGGGUAUCGGCCUGGCGUUUGUGCGACAGUACGUUGCUCUCGGGUUCAACGUGUACACCACCUACCGGAAGUGUUCCGAGUCCGAGGCUCUCGAGCUCUUUGCAUUGGAGGCCAAAAACCCCAACAACCUCAAAGUCAUGACGCUUGACCUCGCGGACGAGGACUCGAUCAACCAGGCUGCCGAGGACUUUGACGGGAAGCAGCUGGACGUGCUGAUCAACUGCGGUGCCGUCUGCGAGCUCAACCGCCCAGCCCUCGAGACGACGGCCGACGAGCUCAUGUCGCGCUUCCGCAUCAACUGCGUGGGUCCGUUCCUGACCACGCGGGCCUUCCUCCCGCACCUGAAGCGCAGCCGAAACCUGACGGGCGGCGACCGCUCGCCGCUCGUGGUCAACAUGACGUCCGAGAUGGCGUCCCUGACCGAGAACCGGCCCGGCAACCGGCCGGGGACCUGCCUGUCGUACCGCGCCUCCAAGGCCGCGCUCAACAUGACGACGGUGACGCUGGCGCGCGAGCUCGAGGACGAGGGCGUCGCGUGCGUGGCCCUGAGCCCCGGCCGGUGCGUCACCAAGAUGGCAAAGUGGAGGGGCCUCAUGGACCCGGCCGAGAGCGUCGAGGUCAUGGUCGACGUCAUCGACUCGCUGCGGUUUGACGACAGUGCAAAGUUUCUCAACUUUGAUGGGAGGCCUAUUGCUUGGUGAGAAUGGGGAGUGGUGGUGUGCUGCAGUGCUGUGAAGUUUGUUGUUUUUGUUUGUGUCUCUCUCUUUUGUCUUUGGCUUGUUUCUUCUCGUCUCUCGUUUAAACGCUUUUCUUUUGUUGGCCUUUGCUUGUUCUGUCUUUUUGACAGGUGUACAACACAAGAUUUUGGCAUAGAUAUCUAGACGCGAUGAUGUAUUAGUAGAUUUAUACAUACCAACAGAUUGUUUAUUAUUUCCA